GACAGCGCCGCUGGGCACCGCUGUGCUGCCUUCAGUCAGCUCCUGGGUUCAGAAAGUACUGAACGCCUGGAGUUCAUCUGAAGAAUUGGCACUAUAAAGGAAACCUGAUGAGCCCUCUCCAAGUUGUGCCAAGGCGAUUUGUUUCCCAGCUGGUUUGUAGACUGAAGUCUCCAACCUCUACAAGAACCAAGAUUCAUCUAACAAUGACUCGUCCAAGUUCAAAUAUGGCUGAUUUUCGGAAGGUUUUUGCGAAAGCAAAGCACAUAGUCAUCAUUUCAGGGGCUGGCGUGAGUGCUGAAAGCGGGGUUCCAACUUUCAGAGGAGCUGGAGGCUAUUGGCGAAAAUGGCAAGCUCAGGACCUGGCCACUCCACAGGCCUUUGCACGGAACCCGUCCCAGGUGUGGGAAUUCUACCACUACCGGCGGGAGGUCAUGCAGAGCAAGGACCCCAAUCCCGGGCACCUGGCCAUUGCUGAGUGCGAGGCCCGGCUACACAAACAGGGCCGACGGGUCAUGGUCAUCACCCAGAACAUUGACGAACUGCACCGCAAGGCUGGUACCAAGAACCUUCUGGAAAUCCAUGGUAGCUUAUUUAAAACUCGAUGUACCUCUUGUGGAGCUGUGGCUGAGAAUUACAAGAGUCCAAUUUGUCCCGCUUUAGCAGGAAAGGGCGCUCCAGAACCUGAGACUCAAGAUGCUGGAAUUCCUAUUGAGAAACUUCCCAGGUGUGAAGAGGCAGGCUGUGGGGGCCUGCUGCGACCUCACGUAGUGUGGUUUGGAGAAAACCUGGACCCCGAUGUUCUGGAAGCAGUUGACAGAGAGCUGGCCCUCUGUGACCUGUGUCUGGUGGUGGGGACUUCCUCUGUGGUUUAUCCAGCUGCCAUGUUUGCCCCCCAGGUAUCAGCCAGAGGAGUCCCAGUGGCGGAAUUUAACACGGAAAUAACCCCAGCCACAAACAGAUUCAGGUUUCAUUUCCAGGGGCCCUGUGGUACAACACUUCCAGAAGCCCUGGCACCUCAUGAAACGGAAACCAUUUCUUAAUUAUCCUGGAAAAGGAAGAAAUUAUAGUUAGGUCUAAGGACUACUUCACAGAGGAAAAACAGUUUUGUGGGUGGUGAGCUGAAUAUUGGAAUUCUAACCUGUUGCUAAUGGAUGUGAACCCAUUAUGUUACUUAGCAAAUAUCAUUGGAAGAAAAAGUCAGACAACUACAAAGUUAAUGCAUGCUAUUUGGUUUGAAUAUAAACUUAAGAUACCUCUGAUGGUUGAUCAUUGGGAGGGAAAAAAUUUUGUAGUUAUGUUGUCUAAAAAUGUAAUUAUUCUGAUUGUACUUUUUAUUUGGGAAAAAAAAGAUUUUGAUAAGACCCUGAUUUUAUCAAAAAUCAGACAUUUCUGAUUUUUGCACAAGUUUUGUUGAAAACCGGUCAUUCUCUAUAGUAGGUAAUUUAUUAAAUAAAGAUGUUACCCCCAGAGGUGUCUUUGUAGGGGGCCUUGUCUUUUCAGCCUAUGUACCUGACUUGCCCUCAAAGUGCUUGGGAUAGCUUACACCAGGAGCUUGUGCCAGGAAGGAAGAGAAAAUAGCCACAAGAGAAAAUCAGAAUGAGGAAAAAGAAAGAUGCAAAUAUAUGGACCCCAAGGAUAAAUACAGCUGCCUAAAUCAUAGCACUGAGCUAGCAGCCAUGGAGGGAGGGGAGAGGUGAUGGCUGCCUGUUUCUCAGUGUCACAAACACAGAAGUCUAUAGUCCUUCCAGGUCAGACAAGUGUUCCCAAACACUGAAUCCCAAAGGUAGUUUUUCCCAGGGGACUUUAAAAUGUGCGCUCAAGCUGCCUUGACGCUUGUAAAUGCAGCUCUCUCCUUAAGCCUCAUCACCUGGGACAGCACCCAGCGUCCUUGAAAUGUCUGUUGUUCCUGUCCCUGUAGGUGCUUCUGAGGCUGGGCUGGGAGGAGUUAACUUUAGAGAACUGUGUCAGAAAGUCAUGAGUAAGUAAGUCCCUGGGUUUGGUGUUCUGGGCGGCUACACACUUGGACUACCUCUCCUCAGCCCCUUACAUCAUUGCAUUUAAUGUCACACCCUUAGCUUUUUGUAGGACAAGGCAGGGUUGCGUAAAACUUUGUACUCCAUUUGCAAAUCAUACCUUUUAAUGAAUCUCAAAGAUCCUUUGCAUGUGCAGGACAUGUUUAGCACCUCUGGGGGGCUCUGAAGGACCAGUCAGAUACUCUGAGGGCUUGAGUCACACUGGACAUGGGUGGGGAAUACAUGAGAAGAUUUGUAAUCCUUACUAUGCAGUUUUUGUCCAAAAAUGCCAUCAUUUGCUUUUAUGGUGCUUUUCAAAGUUAACUUUCUACAUUUUCCACAUGUAACCAGCUCACUGUCGGAGACUGAAGCUAUGAUUUCUAUCUGAUCAAGGCCCCAUUAGUUUAGAAAUCUUUGCAGCUCAUCUCACGCUUGCCCUUGGAUACCAGAGCUGUUUUGUCUUGUCAUUUUUGUUCAUAUAUUGGUUUUAUUGCCUUUAAAUUAGUAACUGACUCUAAAUCUGAGUUGAAAAGAGAAACAUUUUUGUGAGGGAGAAUUAUUGCAAUUUACUAUUUCUGAGCAUGAAUAUGAUAGACAUCAGAAAUAAAAUAAUUUGUAAGACAUGAGCCUGACCCUCAAGACCACACAAUGUUUGUGUAAAUGUCUAAACUACAGUGACAGAAAUUCGGGCUGGGUACAGAGGAGGAUGCAAUUAGAGAUGGGGAGGGUGAGGCCAAUAUAGGGUGGAUUAGGUGCUUGAAAGACUAAGAGCAAGUCAAUCCGGGUGGGAGU